AUGGUGGACCCGGUGGGCUUCGCCGAGGCGUGGCGCGCGCAGUUCCCUGACUCAGCGCCACCGCGCAUGGAGCUGCGCACGGUGGGCGACAUCGAGCGGGAGCUGGAGCGUUGCAAGGCCUCCAUCCGGCGCCUGGAGCAGGAGGUGAACCAGGAGCGCUUCCGCAUGAUUUACCUGCAGACGCUGCUGGCUAAGGAGAAGAAAAGCUACGACCGCCAACGCUGGGGCUUUCGGCGCGCUGCGCAGCCCCCGGACGGCGCCGCUGAGCCCCGCGCCCCGCGCCCGGUGCCCCAAGACGCCGAAACCGACGAGCCCGAGCCGCGGCCCGACGGCGAGGGCUCCCCGGGCAAGGCCAGGCCCUCAGCGGUGCGCAGGCCGGCGCCGGAGGACCGCGCACCGCCCCCCAGUGUGGCGGCGCUGCGCUCCAACUUCGAGAGGGUUCGCCAGGGCCCCGGGCCGGUGGCGGGGAGCGACGGCGAAAAGCCCUUUUAUGUGAACGUCGAGUUCCACCACGAACGCGGUCUAGUGAAGGUCAACGACAAGGAGGUGUCUGAACGCAUCAGCGCCCUGGGCAGUCAGGCCAUGCAACUGGAACGCAAAAAGGCCGGCGUGGGGGGCGGCGACGCGUCCAGGGCACCGCACCGCGGGCGGGCCUCGGAGAGCGGCUGUGCCCUGGAUGGUGACUACGAGGACGCCGAGCUGAACCCGCGCUUCCUGAAGGACAAUCUGAUCCAGGCCAACGGUGGCGGUGGCAGGGCCCCCUGGCCGCCCCUGGAGUACCAGCCCUAUCAGAGUGUCUAUGUCGGGGGCCUUAUGGGCGAGGGCGAAGGCAAGGGCCCGCUCCUGCGCAGCCAGAGCGCCUCAGAGCCGGAGAAGCGCCUCACCUGGCCGCGCAGGUCCUACUCCCCCCGCAGUUUCGAGGACAGCUGUGGAGGGUACACUCCAGACUGCAGCUCCAAUGAGAAUCUCACCUCCAGCGAGGAAGAUUUCUCCUCGGGCCAGUCCAGCCGUGUGUCCCCUAGCCCCACAACCUACCGCCUGUUCCGCGACAAGAGCCGGUCGCCCUCACAGAACUCUCAACAGUCCUUUGAGAGCAGCAGCCCCCCCACUCCGCAUUGCCAGAAGCGUCACCGGCAGGGCCAGGUUGUGGUGGCAGAGGCCACCAUCGUGGGUGUCCGCAAGACCGGGCAGAUCUGGCCUAGCGAUGGGGACAGCUUGCAAGGAGAGCCAGAUGCCACGUUUGGGACGCCCCCCGGCUACAGCUGCGCUGCUGACCGGGCCGAGGAGGAGCGGCGACACCAGGAUGGGCUGCCCUACAUCGAUGACUCACCCUCCUCCUCCCCGCAUCUCAGUGGCAAGGGCAGGAGUGGCCGGGAUGCACUGGCUGUGGGAACCUUGGAGUCCACCAAAGGGGGUGAGCUCGACUUGGAGAAGGGCUUGGAGAUGAGAAAAUGGGUCCUAUCUGGAAUCCUGGCGAGUGAGGAGACUUACCUUAGCCACCUGGAGGCCCUGCUGCUGCCCAUGAAGCCAUUGAAAGCCGCGGCCACCACCUCUCAACCAGUGCUGACAAGUCAGCAGAUCGAAACCAUCUUCUUUAAAGUGCCAGAGCUCUACGAGAUCCACAAGGACUUCUAUGAUGGGCUCCUCCCUCGUGUGCAGCAGUGGGGUCACCAGCAGCGCGUCGGCGACCUCUUCCAGAAGCUGGCCAGCCAGCUGGGUGUCUAUCGGGCCUUUGUGGACAACUAUGGCAUUGCCAUGGAGACAGCAGAGAAGUGCUGCCAGGCCAACGCACAGUUUGCAGAAAUCUCAGAGAACCUGAGAGCCAGGAGCAACAAGGAUUCCAAGGACCAAACCACAAAGAACUCUCUGGAAACCCUGCUCUACAAGCCUGUGGACCGGGUGACUCGAAGCACACUUGUCCUGCAUGAUCUGCUGAAACACACGCCAUCUAGCCACCCCGACCACCCACUGCUACAGGACGCCCUCCGGAUCUCACAGAACUUCCUGUCCAGUAUCAACGAGGAGAUCACGCCCCGCCGACAGUCCAUGACCGUCAAGAAGGGCGAGCACCGGCAGCUGCUGAAGGACAGCUUCAUGGUGGAGCUGGUGGAGGGGGCCCGCAAGCUGCGCCAUGUCUUCCUGUUCACCGACCUGCUGCUCUGUGCCAAGCUCAAGAAGCAGAGUGGAGGCAAAGCCCAGCAUUACGACUGCAAGUGGUACAUCCCGCUCACAGACCUGAGCUUCCAGACAGUGGACGAGUCGGAUGCAGUGCCCAGCAUUCCCCUGGUGCCGGAUGAGGAGCUGGACGCCAUGAAGAUCAAGAUCUCCCAGCUCAAGAGCGACAUCCAGAGGGAAAAGAGAGCAAACAAGGGCAGUAAGGCCAUCGAGAGGCUGAGGAAGAAGCUGUCCGAGCAGGAGUCGCUGCUGCUGCUUAUGUCUCCCAACAUGGCUUUCAGGGUGCACAGCCGUAAUGGCAAGAGCUACACAUUCCUCAUCUCCUCCGAUUACGAGCGUGCCGAGUGGCGGGAGAACGUCCGCGAGCAGCAGAAGAAAUGCUUCAAAAGCUUCUCUCUGACCUCAGUGGAGCUGCAGAUGCUGACCAAUUCAUGUGUCAAACUUCAGACCGUCCACAACAUCCCCCUGACCAUCAAUAAGGAAGAUGAUGAGUCCCCUGGGCUCUAUGGAUUCCUGAAUGUCAUUGUCCAUUCUGCCACUGGAUUUAAGCAGAGCUCAAAUCUGUAUUGCACUCUGGAAGUGGACUCCUUCGGGUACUUUGUGAACAAAGCAAAGACCCGCGUCUACAGGGACACAGCAGAGCCCAACUGGAAUGAGGAAUUUGAGAUUGAGCUGGAGGGCUCCCAGACCUUGAGGAUCCUGUGCUAUGAGAAGUGCUACCACCGGACGAAGGCCACCAAGGAGGACGGUGAGAGCGCAGACCGCAUCAUGGGCAAGGGUCAGAUGCAGCUGGAUCCCCAGACGCUGCAGGAGAAAGACUGGCAACGGACCGUCAUCACCAUGAAUGGGAUUGAAGUGAAACUCUCUGUCAAGUUCACCAGCCGGGAGUUCAGCUUGAAGAGAAUGCCGUCCCGAAAGCAAACAGGGGUCUUCGGGGUCAAGAUUGCUGUGGUCACUAAGAGAGAGAGGUCCAAGGUGCCGUACAUCGUGCGUCAGUGUGUAGAGGAGAUUGAGCGCCGGGGCAUGGAGGAGGUGGGCAUCUACCGCGUGUCUGGAGUGGCCACAGACAUCCAGGCACUGAAGGUGGCCUUUGACGUCAAUAACAAGGACGUGUCGGUGAUUAUGAGCGAGAUGGACGUCAACGCCAUCGCCGGCACACUGAAGCUGUACUUUCGAGAGCUGCCCGAGCCCCUGUUCACUGACGAGUUCUACCCCAACUUCGCCGAGGGCAUUGCUCUGUCUGACCCUGUGGCAAAGGAGAGCUGCAUGUUGAACCUGCUGCUAUCUCUCCCCGAGGCCAACCUACUCACCUUCCUCUUCCUUCUGGAUCACCUCAAAAGGGUGGCAGAAAAGGAGACAGUGAACAAGAUGUCACUACAUAACCUAGCCACUGUCUUUGGCCCCACACUGCUCCGGCCGUCAGAGAAGGAGAGCAAGCUCCCUGCCACACCCGGCCAGCCCAUCUCCAUGACCGACAGCUGGUCCUUGGAGGUCAUGUCUCAGGUCCAGGUGUUGCUGUACUUCCUGCAACUGGAGGCUAUCCCUGCCCCCGACAGCAAGAGACAGAGCGUCCUCUUCUCCACUGAAGUCUAA